GAGCCUCAGUUCAUCCGCUGCAGGGGAAAAGAGGGCUGGGCAUGAUGAUGCACACAGAGCAUGAAAGUGAAAGUGCAGAAAAAGGAGAGAACGGGCUAUGUUUUAACACUUCUCAUCAUGAUCGUUUUUUGUUUUAUUGUGCUUCUCUUCCCUGUGUGUGGGUCCGUGCCAUUGGCUGGAUGGGUGCAAUCACCUGGACAUCCACGAGGAUAUGACCCCUAUUCCAACCUGACUUGGGCAAAGUGUGCUCCCACCGGACACAAAAUCACACUCACUCUCUUACAUUUGGACCUAGAAGAAAGCUUUGAGUGUGAGGACGACGCCGUGAAGGUAUUUGCAGAUGAGGUGCUGCUUUUCACUCUGUGUGGACACAAGUCUGUGAAGGAGCUGGAGGCGUCUGUCAACCCUUUCCUCCAGUCUUUCCCUGGUGGUUGUCUCACUCUUUCAUUUCUCGCAGACUACUCAAACACUGAGAGACAUACAGGAUUUCGAGGUUUUUACACCGUACAAGAUGUUGAUGAGUGUAAGGACCCUGAAAAUGAGUGCACCCAACUCUGCAACAACUACAUUGGAGGUUAUCGCUGUUUCUGCAGACCAGGUUAUGUCCUCGACUCUGAUAAGCACACCUGCAAAGUUAGCUGCAGUGAAGAUCACACAGGCUCUCGAGGAGGUGUGCUGAUGUCACCUGAAUGGCCUGGGCCGUACCCAGAAAACUCUGUGUGUUCUUACACUCUGGCCGUAGAAGAAGGUCUGCAGUUUGAGCUGACGUUCAAGGAGGAGUUUGAUUUGGAGAAGAAAGAGAAUGGAGAGUGCAUCGACUCAUUAACUAUACAACCUCUUAAUGGUAAAGCUGAGACAUUUUGCGAAAGGGAUGUCCCAUCGUCCCUUCUCACAGGGUCUCACCGUAUUGAGAUUAUCUUCAAGACAGACCAUACAGGAACAAACCGAGGGUUUAGAUUCAGUUACGAAACGAGAGCAAUGAAAUGUGCUGGACCUGUGACGCCAAAAUCAAGUAUGAACCCGCAGAAAGCUGAAUAUUCCACAGGGAACAAAGUUACAGUGAAAUGUGACAAAGGACAUGUACUGAAAUCACAUGAAUCAGCUGAGGAUAAGUAUGAAGCCACAUGCCAGAAGAAUGGACAAUGGAGUCCUGUUAUCCCCUGUGAACCUGUGGAUUGCAGCAUUCCAGAUUGUCCUGAAUUUAUGGAGCUGUCAGAAAACGAUCCUCCAACAACAUAUCUGAACCAAAUCAGUUUUAAGUGUAAUAAUAAAUAUUAUCAACUGAAUAAAAAUGGUAAUUUUACCUGUAAUGCAGAGGGUAACUGGGAGUCUGAGAGUGGUCAAACAUUAACAGAAGAUAUGCCUAAAUGUGAACCAGUGUGUGGAACGAAUAAAGAUGCCGCUUUUGGUGGUAGAGUCUUUGGUGGGAAGCCAGCAGCAAUUGAGCAGAUUCCCUGGCAGCUCUUCCAUAAGAAAAGUCCCAGAGGUGGUGCAUCUUUAAUCAGUGAUUUCUGGGCUGUAACCGCAGCUCACGUAGUGGAUGGACAUGAAACAACCACCAUGAGUUGGUUAGGGGGAGUAAUUGAUGCUACAAGCAAAAACCCAGUCAUUAUGGAGACUGAGAAAAUAAUAAUUCACCCAAAGUAUCAGAAAGUUGGUGGAGGUUCUCAGUCUAACUAUGAUCAUGAUAUUGCACUCAUCAAAAUGUCUAAAAGGGUGCCUCUAGGUCCAAACAUCAGGCCAGUGUGUCUGCCAAAGAAAACAGAUGAAUCUGAGGGAGAAGCCACAGUCUCAGGUUUUGGAAGAUAUAAAGAUGAAAAAGCUAGUAGAUAUCUGCUUUAUGGACACGUCCAGAUAUACCCACUUAAUGAAUGUGAUUCAGUGGGUUUGCGUGUCACCAGUAACAUGAUCUGUGCUGGAGGAGACCAAGUAGACAGUUGUCAAGGUGACAGUGGGGGUCCUUUGUUUUCUCCUGUUCUGGGCGAUGGGUCUCCAGACAAUCCUUAUCGUCUUAAAGGCAUUGUAUCAUGGGGUCCUCCUGGAUGUGGGAAUAAAAGCUUUAAGGGCUUCUAUACUAAAGUCCAAAACUACCUGGAUUGGAUCAAGGAAACCAUGGAAAGAAACUAAAAUCAGUGCACUAAAAUAAUAUACACCUACACCAACUGUUAAUUGUAAUACACACGAAUAAAGUUACUCUCUGCUGUAUCUGAUCAGUGUAUCUGCAUCUGCUAAUUUCAUGAAUAACUCGGCAUUUAAAACUUUUGUAUUAAGUUGUUUUAUGCUCACCAAUAAAACCAUUUUCACAUGUAGAA